AUGGCACGGCGCGUGUCUUGGCUGCUUUCGAUCCUCCAGGUGCAGACUUGCCUCGGCGUUUCCGUGCAAGUGGAUGACCGUGGUGAGGCAGCAGCAGCACCAGCAGCAGCUCCGCUGAUUCGCAAGGCAGAGGAGAACACGUCCUCGUGGGUCUUCGUGCAUGUCCCCAAGACAGCAGGGACGACAAUCUGGGAUGCAUUGGGCCCUUCCUAUACUGACUCUGGACGGUACGACGAGGUGCAGUUCGCUUGCAUGAAGCACAACCCUCCGAAACACCAUGUCCGAAACAGCUUCGCAAUCGUGCGGGAGCCGUGCGAGCGACUGGUCUCUGAGUUUGCUUGGGCCAAGAACCAGGCUUGGUUUGAUAUUUACUACAAAGACUAUGGCGUCGUCAAGACCUUCCCGCCCACCUGUGAAAUGUUCAAUGGAUGGGUUCGUUCCGUGCUGCAGCGCUACACAGCGCAGUCCGACGUGGAAGAUUGCCACUUGAUCCCACAGUGGUGCUAUCUCUCCAAGGUGGACAGGAUCCUCCCCUUGGACGACCGGCUGCAGAGGAACUUCCGGGCCUUGGCGCCGGAAUUCCGCACUGCCGUGCUCAAGAGGCUGAAUUCGGACGACUCGGCUCGAAGAAGCAACGUGACGUGUGCAUGCUUGGAUGCUGAGAACAUGCUGGCCAUCCAGCGACAUUUCCGCGAAGACUUUGCCACCUGGCGCGAGAUAUCGGGCCGCUCGUCGCCCUUUGCCCCGCAAAGCGCUUCGGCUGCUGCA